UAAGAUUCGACUAUGAAUUCCGGCCACAGUAUAAUAAGAAUGGUUGUGUUCGGUGGAGAAUGAAGCGAUGAACUAUUGUAAAAUUCUUUAAUAUGAUUGGUUUAUACAUUUAGAUUCGAUAAGAACUAAGAGCAAGAACCAAUCAUAUUAAAGUAUUUUACAACAGUUCCAUUGGGCGCAUUCAGUAGACGGAGCGGAUCAGUGAGCACUCAGUAAUUCUCUAAUAUGAUUGGUUCUUGCCUUUAUUUUUUCGUUGGAUUUAAGGUCUGUUCGCGUCACAUGCCCCAACAUGCUCCUAUUCACCCCAACGCACUCCAAUACGUUGAUUCCGAUGACGCCAACCUAUUAGAAUGCGUUGGAGUGAGUAGGAGCAUGUCGGGGCAUGGCGACGCGAACAAACCAUUUGAAGCAAUCAUAGUAAAGAAUCACUGAUUCGCUUCGUUUUAUCAUUGGCUACAUUCAGCAGAAAAAGCAGCUUUGCAACUGUUGUAAAAUUCUUCAACACGAUUGGUUCUUACUCUUAGUUCCUGUUAGAUCUAAACGUAUAAACAAGUCGUGUCGAAGAAUUUUACAACAGUUGCAAAGCUGCUUUUUUGCUGAACGCAGCCAUUCUAUCAUUGUUGUUCGUUGAAUGUGAGGCAAUUUUUCAUUUUAGAUUAGAAUUUAUUUGACGCUCUAAGGGCGGGUUUAUCAAUGUUCAGCUAAGAGUGACUGCUAUGUAACUAAAAGUUAAGAAAUGGCUAAGAGUUAUUGUUCUAGUCAUCUAUCUAUGCGUUUAUCCACCCCACUGUUGACUAUUAGUUAAGUAACUGUCAGUUACAUUUGUUUUAAUGUUGGUUGGUAGCAUUGUUAGCGGUAAACAUAACCUAAAAGCGAUAUAUAAUCAUAGGCUUUGUGUCAGUAAAAUUGGCAUUUAGAAUACGUAUUACGAUGGAUCCAAAAAAAGAUAAAAGGAGUUCCAAUUUUACCGCUAGCGAUAAACAAUUAUUAUUAAGGUUGUGUAAUGAACACAAAAGUAUUAUUGAAUGUAAAAAAACUGAUGGUUGCACGUGGAGAAAAAAAGAUGAGAUGUGGAAAGAAAUAGAAAAUUUAUUUAACAGCUCUACAACAAGUAUACAUCGAACUGCGAAGCAAUUAAAAUUCAAAUACGAAGCGAUAAAAAGAGAUUUAAAGAAAGAACGAGUAAAAAACAAGGCUUAUGCAAGAGGCACUGGUGGAGGACAGUAUAUACCUCCACCCGUUACAAACACAGAAGAGGAGAACGAACUAUUACAAACAAUCGAAAUUAGUGUUGAAGGAUUGACAAAUACGUUUGAUUGUGAUGGUUUGUCCGGCAACAAUUCAUGGCAUAAUAGAAGACGACCAGUUUUGCAUAAAGCAAGUAAAUCUUCAGUUAGUGCUGCAUUUGAAUUGCUUGCUGAGAAAAAAAUACAGUUAGUUAAUUGGCAAAUAGAAGUGGAGAAAAUAAGAAGAGCCCACGUACGACAAAAAAAUCAACUGGAAAUAGAUAUCUUAAACUUACAAAAGGAUGAGAUGCAAUUGAAAGUAGAUUUAUUAAAAAAACAUUAAAUUCAUAAUAUCAAUUAUCUCCUUCUGUCUCUCUCUGUAUUUAUCUCUUUGUAAAAAAAACAUAUAAUUAUAUUUUUAAUACUUUUAUUUUCUUUUUAUAUUAUUGUUUAAUUAAAAAUAUUUAGUAAAAUUAUUAAUUACUUUACUUCAUUAUAUAAUGUUUUUUUAAAUCUUUGAUUGUCUUUUUUUGAUGUUCUUAAAUAUAAGUCUUCUUUAAUAGACCAUUGUUCUUAACAUUUGAGAGACAGGGCAUUCCAAUUCAUUUUUAUCAAUAUUUGACUUUUCUGAUAUCGAUAAUUAUCGGUUAUAAUCGAUACACUCAAUUAAAUAAAAUCAGUUUAAUUACAAUUGUUUCUCAGCCGUUUUGUGUUUUUAAUGUUGCUUUUAUAAAUAAAAGUUUAUUGUACUUUUUAUUUUCAAUAAUUUUUGUAAUGUUUUAAAUAUUUUUUAUAAAAUUUUAUAUUUUAUUACUUAGUAUAGUUUGUUGUACAAAUAUGUAUACUGUGGUUUUGGUGCAACAUAUUAUACAUAUGGAGUUUAUAAACAAUUAUUUUAUUUUAAAUACAUACCUAAAAACAUGUAAAA